AUGGGACAGGAGGCAAGCCCAGGCAGUAGUUCGGGCCAGCCUACACCGGCGGGGAUACCCUUCUUAGCUUCAGCAAUGCGUCUAGAAAUAGAUAAGAGUGCCUGUCAAGGCAAUCAUGUUCUGACUGACUAUCUAUUGAAGAAGUUUCUCAAUGACAUGCAGAAUAAGAAAAUGCACGCCGAAGUGCACACAGAGCGUGUGCACAAGACAAUGGCGAUGUUAGAGGAGCGUUACCGCAACUCAGACAAAAAACCCAUACACUUCCAAAUCCUCAAAGUACAAAGGUACCUAGCACUUAAGUACUAUGGAUUGCAAUCAGUUGUGGAAACUCUAAUUAAAGGAGAUAAGCAACCUGAUGAGAGUGAAAGAUACUUGUCCGACAUAGACCACGCUAAGUUUCAUACUAUGACUGAGACACACAUACGAACGGCGGCUGUGACACAAGCAGAGCGUAUGUUGAGAGAUCAGGUGCGAGCAGCAAACAAACGUAACAACGCACAGACUACCACACCAGCAGAGGCUAAUACUACCAAUGCUAACAACGAUAUAAAACAGACCAUGGUGCAAACAACCACAAUCCUACAGGGGGACAGUAAAUGUCCCAAGAAGAAAGAGCAGGCUAAGGAGCGAGCCAAGAAAGAUGUGCAGAUAGCAAGACUGUCCAUUGCAUCUGGCAAGGUGGAAGACAUCACAGAAGGCGAUGAGCACUGA